ACCAACGAACCAAUCACAGUGCUGACCCAUUCGCAGAGCAAAAAGGGUUGUUGCUGCCGUCGUCGUCGUCCUCGUCGUCUUUGCACUCACAAAAAAGACCAAUAGCAGCAUCAGUAGCAGGAAUUCCAAGGAGCAAAUGUCAAAACAAAAAUAAAGGACACCAACCACCAACAAGGAGAAAAUGUCGUCACCAGACAUAGAUUCGGUGGUCCAGCAGCAAGCCCACUAUUCCGGGUACAACCAUUCCGACUGGCAGCCAAUUACGCUUACACUCGUAGAAUAUCCCAAAGGUGAUCUGUUGGGAAAGUUGCUGGCAUGGAUCAGCUUAGCACCGUUAGGAAUAGGGGCCGGCUUCGUGGCACUGAUACUUUUUCGACGAGAUUUGCACACUAUUGUAUUUUUCAUCGGGACUCUCUGCAACGAGUGUGUUAACAUGGUGCUGAAGCACUGGAUUCAGGAACCGAGACCGAUGACUCGGGCGCAGAUCUGGACUGAGUACGGGAUGCCUUCUAGUCAUUCGCAGUUCAUGUGCUUUUUCACGCAGUAUGUACUGCUGUUCAUUUUAAUAAGACUGCACCAUAUGAACAACAAUAACGCCCGAAUGGAGCGGCUGGUACGGUUACUGGUGCUCGUCGUCUGUUCGGUGGCGACUUUCCUCGUGUGCUUCGGCAGAAUCUAUCUGCAGUAUCACACCCUCAGUCAAGUGAUGGUGGGAGUCGUCGUCGGUCUCGUGGUCGGAACGUUAUGGUUCAGCCUGACGCACUGGUUCCUGACGCCCUUGUUCCCGAUGGUGGUCUCGUGGAAGGUGUCCGAGCUGUUUCUCCUGCGGGAUACCACUCUGAUUCCCAACAUUCUCUGGUUCGAAUACACCGUCACCCGGCAGGAGGCCCGUGCCCGAGCUCGCAAACUGGUGAGCAUGAAAUCUCAGUGACGUUUCUGGUCACCCUGAUCCGCAGGUUACUCAUCUCGACGAUACGUUAAAUAGCAGCACUUGAAGCAGCGGCACGCCACACGUAGUGUAGGGUAACGCGGUAACACUUAUAAUCGACGAUAGGAGACAUAAUUUUAGGUAAUAAUAGUGUAGAGUCACAGAGCAGAUUCCCAUAUUCGAGGAUACAAAUAUACAAUGUAUAAUGGUCCAUUUCGGGUAUAACCAAUCUAUUUGCAUCGCUCUAUACUGUAUCGGACAAAUCGUUCGCUAAAAAAGGGUCAGGAGGAUGUUCGCUUCGUAUAUUCUCAAAUGCACAUAUCGGGGGUUUUUCAAUAACGCAACCACGUGAACAGGUUUACGAAAAUUUUAGCAUCCCUAGUGAACAAUUGUUGA